AUGUUCCUCACGUUUAGAGCUUUUGGAUCCAUUUUGGAGACAAUGAAAGGCGUUGGAACUAUACAGAUCGCAUUUUUCCACAUCAUCGGGGAUGCAGUUGCGGUAGUGUUACAUUUUGUAGUAAUAACUUUGGCCUUCUCAAGCACCAUAACUAAAGUAUUUGUGGCUGAGAAGACAAUGGUUAGCGGUGACACCUCUGGAAAGACAACGUAAGUUUUUUCCCGCUGUGCGUCAUGAUCUAAAUACAUUUAAUCAAAAGAGGAUACACAUGUAACUUCCAUAUCCUCUCCUACAUUAAGAAAGAAUGUGAUCUAGCUUAGUGCUUUAGGAAAUUGCCAAGUCUAUGGACUUGAUGAUCACCUGAAACAUUAAACGAUUAUAAACUAAGUUUGUUGGUAGCUGCAGUCUAACAGAAACGAUUUCUUAUAGCAAGACACCAGUGCAGAUGAAACGCGACUUUUAAAUGAAAACGCCUUUUUGGUAAUAGAAAUUACCGUUCUGUAUCAAUAACUAUAGCAAUAAAAUAACAAUAAUCUGCUUGUUCUACCUGCAAAUUCACAAGCUUAUAAAGCUAUGGUACAAGAAAUGGAACGGUGACUUCCCCCACCCCUUUCGGUUUUUAGUUUGUUGUGAUUAGUUCGAAAGAUUAGACGUUUAAUAGAUAUAGCCAGUUCUGUGCUUUGGUGAAAAACAAACUAAGGGUUGAUUUCCACUGUCGCGUAUGUAACUUUUACGUGCGUAUAUAAUGAAAGUAGAGGCCAUGUAUGGAAGGCCGCUCGUAAAUGUAAAAGUUAAACCUCGCUCAACUUUUACGUUUACGCGCGGCUUUCACACAUGGCGUGCCGGUACAGUUUUGUUGGAAGGGGCGGGGAACGAAACUUAAAAUUUAGUUUCAUCAUAUGAGGCAAUGUACCACUGUUGAGAGAUUCAUAAGCUGGCGUUUCGCGCGCUCAAAAAAUGAGCAUUUGAACGUCUUAAUGAGGAUGUUUUAUUUGCCCUAACAUUCGUUUGACAAAACCAUUUUUCUACAAGAUGAUGCAAGCAUUAUGAAAUAUGGCGCUUCUGCGGACCUGUGUCAUCACUGAACACCAUGCGAGUCUUUGAUUAUGCUGACGUUCAGAUUUAUGAAGGAAGUUUUAAAACUAUUUAUUUCCAAGCUGUGGGUGUAAAAUAUGUUAUAUCAACCAAACAUUUUGCUUCCUUUAGCACCGUUUUCUACUCGAGAAACGCAAGUUUUGUUCAAAAACAGCUCUGAUUCAUAUGACUUAUGACGUAAAUUAUAUAGGUCUGAAUGUCACCGAAUUUAACUCACAUGCAUGUCUCUUAGGUAUGAAUUUAAGCAAGCCUAAAAGCGGAGCUCUUAUUUAAUUCUUUAACAUUAAUUCGCUUGGAAAUUAAAACAUGCUUUGAAACUUAAAAAAGGAAUAUACACAAAUGUUACUGUUACUUCCUAAGUAAACUAUGGUAUAUCUUCACUGUUUUAUCCCUGAAAUGUUUCAACAUUAUGCUACAGUACAUCAGGCUUUCAAGAACUGCUCUAUACAAAUCCUAUGGCUAAAACUUCAUAUCACUUUGAUUAACAAAUAAUUAGUGGAAAAAACGGCAAUGAAAUCCUCAUUGAAAUAAUUUUUUGUUACAUUGCAGUGUAUGCGACAAAUCCGGAAUACAAUGGUAAGUCAGUACUAUCAAAACUAGGCGGAUUAUUGUCGUACUACUAAAUGAAGUACUGAAUGUCGUGGACAGCAGUGACUAACGUUUCGACAACCCGUGCUGUAGUCAUCUUCAGACUCUGAGCAGUUUAGCACCCCCAAAAAUGUCAUUUGAAGUGUAUCCUCGAAGUAAAAUUCGAGUUGCAUUAAAGGCGCUGUCGGAGAUGAUUUCACCCUACGUAAAAUCCGCAUGGUCAAACAACGGGUUUAGGAGUGAAAUAUGUAGCCUUUUAGCGGUUUCCUACUUAACCCUAUCCAGAGCGGCCGGCCUUUUUUUAGCUUCCGGCAAUCGGAGGUGGGGGCUUCAGAAGCCCCCACUCUAUAUCUUCAAAACCGCUCAUGCUACAGCCACCAAACUUUCACAGAAUAAUGUACUAAUUAUUUCCAACUUCUGGACAUAGCUUUAUUGACACAAUUAUGUAAUUGGCGUCAUUAUGACGCCAUAUUAUCGAAUUUAUUGGUAGAAUCUUAAUUUCUCUAAGAGUACUCACGAAGCAAAAAACUUAAAUAGUAAGAUGUUUGAUAAAAUCAAGGAGUUGCCUAACAUAUAAAUAACGUUUUACCAUAGCAGUAAUCUCAUGUUAACGUCAUUAAUUGCUAAAAAGGAACGGAAAGCAUCCGCCAUCUUCGAUCCGCCAUUUUGAAUUAUUUAAACGUAUUUCAUUGUACUUAAAACCAGUAGAAAUCGAGGUAGAAAUAGAAAACUUGAUCUGAGUAUAAAAGGAUGUGUAGGAAGCAAAAAAAUCUGCAAACUAUGUAAUUCCCAAAGAAAUGAACACUGUUGAAAAUUAAACUCAGCAUCUGCGAUUGGGUCACAUCAACUCAUGUUUUUCUUUCUGACACUACUCACUAAAAAGCCUUGAUAAUUUAAAGUGUAUAUGACAGAAUUUUUUUUUUUUGCUUGGUAGAAUCUCUACAGUGUUUUGAUAAGGAAAGCAAAAAAAAUUUUUCUAUAGCGAUUUCUCUUCCCCGUGUUUUAACCUGCCAAAAACGUGAAAUUUCACUUCCGGUGAGCUACAAAACCGCGUUAGCGAAAACAGAAGACUGGGAAUGAUUAUGACGUCAUUUCAGGACAUUCUAUUUCGCGGCAGGCAAAUUACCUUGUCAUUUUCUUAUUUGUGCGGCAGUCUUUGGAGAAUGUUUUUUGAGUUACCCUGACCUUUUUUGAUCAGAAACAGCAGAAAUCAGUAAAAAGUCGCUUAAGCUCGAAUUUAAUUGACUGUGAAAAAGAAUAAUGAGUUUUGAAAGCGAUACGGAACGGUCAGACGUGGAAUCGAUCGGGUCGCGCACUCACAUCUGCGAGACAGAGCUAGGAUCAGACGAAGAUGAAGAAGAUAUGUACUAUUCAGAUCCAGAAGGACCGUAUAUAGAUGAACCUAUUGCAGACGAGGAAUGGCUAACAGAAUACAACCGAGAACUACAAGAAAUUGAAAGGAGAAACCAGGAGUUACAAAACCGCUUUGACAGGAUUGUCGAACCCGAGACUUGGUAAGUGUUCGCUCUGUUUCUCACCUUUUAAUUAUUAGCCUGAAAAAUCUUAUCUUACUAAGAUCAUACCUUGCCGAUAAAAAGAAAAUGAUAAAAGUUGUAUUCUUCAACUUAAAUACUACGUUCCUUCUAUUUAAUUUCAAAGGUGCUCAUGUGGCAAUUGUGCUCUUGAUCGGCUGCAAAAUCCCGGGGAAAGCCCCUGCUGCAAGGACAUCGAAAAGUGCGUCGAAUCACUUGGUAGUACCGCCGUUCUGAAUGAGGUGGAAAUCAGUCCCGAAUGUAUUACAUUGCAUCCAGGUUUCAGUGUCGUUUGCCUUAACAGAUGGUCUCUCCGAUCAGCCGCAAGUAAAUACAAAAGGAUAGACGGUACAAAGUAUCGUCAGACUGAUACAGAAGAAAAGUGAGUAAUGUUCUGCCCAGUUUUUUUCUGUCAGAGCUAUCUCUAAUUGCUAAUUUACUGUGUUCUCCAAAAGCAACGUUAGCCGGCAAAAGCGCGCGACAGUUGCAACAGAUGCAGUGGUUAUUUGUUCAAACACCAUUUUAAGAGAAAGAUAAUCAAUCGAUUGUUUUUGUUGCCCAUUAUUUUGUAUAAUAGAGAGAUUUUACCUGACCUAUGAAACAGACAAUAAACAGCUACAAUUUAGAAGACAAUAGAAAUAAUGCAUGAUAGCUUGUUCCAUUCUACUACCUGUUUAAUCGGUUGAGUAAAAUCACUAUAUUACAAAAAACAUAUGAUAAAGAAUAAAGCAAAAUGUACUUUGCAGAACCCCUAAAAUGUGUGUGGGAGGGGGGAAGGGGGGGAUUACCAGCCACACCAAACCCCACACAAAGCAUUUUGAUCUCAUCUUUUGCCGACUACUUUCAUCUUUUCUUACUCUGCUAUAUGAUAGCAUUGUUUCCCUACUGAUACAUACUCACUAAAUACAACUUACAUGGAGUAGUUGGUGGAACAUUGACCAUAAUCAUGGCUGUGUUCUAAGACAAAUUGAAGGGAGCCCAGUGCCCUGAACCUGUGAAAUCAAGGAUGCCUAGCAUAAUAUUAUAAUCUCUAAGAUUUUCUUGUCGCUGUAGAGCAGAAGUUAUGUGCUGGGGGUUACCAUGUGCUGUUAGAACACAGCCCUAUCUUAGACUAGCUGAGCCUUCUGCCCCUCUCAAGUCACUUUUUUCUUUGGGAAAAUCUUUUUUUUUUUGGACAUCUAGGGAUUUUUAUUGUUAUCAAUAUUACUGUUAUAAUCAAGAAAAUGAUAAAUAUACCCAUUAAAGCAACAUAUUACAUCUUUUGUUGUAGAAAUAGGAACUGGGAUAGCCCAGACUUAAUGCAAUUUUGAUUCCUUUUUUUUUUUUUUUUUUUUGGCUUUUGUUUUGUUUUUGUUUUUGUAUUUGUUUUUUGUUUUUUCUUUUUAAUAAUCCAAUCUCAAGCAGCAUUUGUAAAUUGCCUAUACGUAGCGAGAUUUACAAUUGUACAUUCAAAAAAACAAAUAAAGUUUCCAUUAUUAUUAUUAUUAUUAUUAUUAUUAUUAUUAUUAUUGUUACAUAUUAUUAUCAUUUUAUCAGCAGUGAAGGUGGACUAAAUAUAUUUUUCCUAUUUUGCUUGCAGUAUCUGUUGUUCUUGCCCAAGAGGCAGCUGCAGCUACAGCACAGUCAUCAAGUGGAGGAAGAACAAGGAAUUGCACUGUUUGCAAAAUAUCCAUGAGAGAGCACAACCUUCUAGUUGAUUGUCCCAGGCACGACUAAACAGUGGACAGUGAUAGUGGACCUUUUUAUUUUUAUUUUGAGGCAAAGUCAAUAAGUUGCCUGGUAAUUGCUUAAUACAAACUGGGAGAGAUUUUCAUCACCAUUAUUUCAAGUCACCCUCGCACUGUAGAUAAUUAGGAUACAGAUAGUCUCUGUGCAAUCAGCUGAUGUUUUGAGUCAAUAUUAGUCCAAACUAAUAAACGUUGCUUUUGGAGAACACAGUAAAUUAGCAAUUAGAGAUAGCUCUGACAGAAAAAAACUGGGCAGAACAUUACUCACUUUUCUUCUGUAUCAGUCUGACGAUACUUUGUACCGUCUAUCCUUUUGUAUUUACUUGCGGCUGAUCGUAGAGACCAUCUGUUAAGGCAAACGACACUGAAACCUGGAUGCAUUGUAAUACAUUCGGGACUGAUUUCCACCUCAUUCAGAACGGCGGUACUACCAAGUGAUUCGACGCACUUUUCGAUGUCCUUGCAGCAGAGGCAUUCCCCGGGAUUUUGUAGCCGAUCAAGAGCACAAUUGCCACAUGAGCACCUUUGAAAUUAAAAAGAAGGAACGUAGUAUUUAAGAGGCUGUCCGCGUAAGAACCGAUAAGGCAAAUUUUGGUCUAUCACGCAUUGCCCUGAUUUUUUCAGUGGAAGAUAACUAUCCUAUCCCAUGAAGAAAUAUCACAUUUAUUUGGACCAACUCAAUUUUUUCUCUAUUUUACAGAGAGAUUUUCUAGGUCACCUAAAACUAGCCAGUUUGUCGUCGGAAGUGGUGCGAUUUUAAGGAAACUUUAGGGCUCUUGCAAACCUACCUUACAAAGCCGAAUAAGCUGAUUUUUUUACACACAAAUGUUUUAACUCUGAUUAAUAGUUUCAAGGUUUAAUGGUUGCAUUCUGUGGAAAGUUGGCUGAGAUAUGAUUUUUUUAAAAUGACCUUUAAUUUGCUUAUCGGGAAAAGUAAUUUGCAUAACUGGAGCUCAACGGUAAUUUCGCAAAAGUGGCACCUGACUGAGACUCAAGUCUAUGAUAAAACAGAAGUACUAAGACCAGUCUACUUCUAAAUGCAAUAAAAUUUGUGGGCACUCCUCUUUGCGUGCGGUACAAAGUUCCGUUAAUGUUCCAAAAUUCGCCAUUUUGACAGCAAAACUGGAAUUGUAACGGUCUGCAUCUGGUCGACUAAUUUCCACAGCUUUAACGUUUCUAGUUAUCACUGACUGUCAUUAGACCCUUUAAAUGUUGGACUUUCGAAAACAUGUGGAGAAAACUUAGUAAUCGCUUUUUCUUGGUUUUUUUUCUUGUCGACGAUGAACGUGACUUCAUUCUCCGUAUGCAAAUUAGCCGUAGAUGCGUCUUUUCAACAACUUGACAUGAAACAUAAUCCUUACAUUUCACAUUUCUAAGGAGAAAAAUAACUCUCCUUUCCAUAGAAAAACACAAACCAUCACUUAGAAUCCCCUUAAGGUCUGGUUUUUUUUGUUUAACGAGGAAGAAACAGCUGAAUAAUAUAUCAUGACAUAUGUUUGCGUGGCUUAAAAUAAUUCAAUUACUGUGGCCUGUCACGCAAUUCCUAAAAAGGGGCGGUCGAUUAGAAAACAAUAGCGUUGAAUCGAUCAAUUUUAUUAUAUUAUCAUCUUUUUUUAAAUGGUAGUUAUUGAUAAUAAUUAAAAAUAAGAGUUAACUUGCAAGGUAAGUCCUCUUGUCGCCACAAUAAAAUUUGUGGGCACUCUUUUUUGCGUAAACAGACGUUUGUACACGGCACUAUGAUGAAAAAAAAUGCCCCACACUUUUUCUAUCUAAAUCCAUGUAUAGCUUUGCAAAAGGCAAAUUAGCUGUAAAUUUCAGUUUCAUUCAAAGAUCUUUAAAGCAUUUAUCGGUAGCAGAAUGAAACGGGAAAAAUAGUUUCUUUUUUCAGUGAAUACACGCAAAAGGGAUUAUCUCAGUUUUUAGUUUUUGUUAGGGUAUAACAUCCGUAUUCCCAAGAUGAUCUUGUUCUGGUUUCAAUCUAAUUGAAUCAUAAUGCAACAGGUGUCAGUUUCAAAUAUAAUUAUGCCAAUGAAAUCGCCGAAGAGAUCAAUUGUGAAAAAAGCUGUUCUUUUCGCGAGAUCGUCAAGACAGAGUGUGGUCCCAGUAGGGGUGUGGAGGGAAAUGUGUUGGUCGCAGAGUGCAUGAAUGAUAUUACGUCGCACUUAGCCAGCUGUCACUUGUCUAAGUGUAGCAAAGUCAAUGACUGAAUGAACUCAUUUUAGCGAGAGUAGAGGUUUGGUAGGUAUUCGGAACUGAAAUGACAAUAUGCCCAAGGCACAGACACUAAAUAGCCUGGUACAAACCCCCACCUCCCUUGGGAAAAAUCGGAGAAGGGGCCCUUUCUCCGAGGGGGUGCAUGGGGUGGUGUGUACACACGCUAACGCUAAAAUGACAAUCUGCCCAAGGCACAGACACCUACUUGGCAGGUUUUUGCGAGCGCCAAGGUCUACUGUGCUGGAAAAUGAGCCCCCAAGGGAUUGGGAGACGGCGGAAAUCGAGCCUAAGGUCUUGUCAAUACCCCGGUCACACUCUGGAUCAUACUGACAAAAUAACUACUGUGGCAGGAAAUAAGUCAAAGUUUUGCUCCAUCAUGUAAGUAUCAUUCUUUUUUCUUCUUCAUGCAAAACAUUUCUAAACGUACAGAGAUAUUCUUAUUUCUCCAUUUAACAUUUUAUCUUGCGAUGUUUUCUGAUGUUCGUUUCCAGUUUAGUUGAGCUUGCAAAGAUAGUUUAUUUAUUUCUAUUUUUUGACAGCCGUGUAUCUUGCUCUAAUCAAUUCUUACCUAUAAAAUACUAUACAUAAAGGUUAAUCCGUGUGUUGUAAAAGAUAGUUUUCUCAUGAUUGUUUAAAGAGCAUUAUAAAUGGGGAAAAAAGAAAGAACUUUCUACACGGAGUCAGGAUUCAACCUCGUCCCUAGGGCUUUCCCGCCCCUGCCAUUUUCUAAGAGGAAUGUCCUUGGGACGCGUGUGAAAAGUAUUUCAUUCUUGCAAUAAAAACAAUUUUCUUUAACUUAAACAGUGUUUAAAACAUGUCUCUGGUUUUGUAAAAAUUAGUGAGACUUAAAAGUACCAGAAUGUUCAGUUCAACUUUUUAUAGCUGAUUUCCUUCUCCUGUGGCAAGAAACGUAAAAAAACUUGACGCCAAAGGGUCGAGAAGAGUACGAUUGAACAGUCAGCAACCAUGUCUACACGUUUGCCGGAGAGGUUUAUUGGACAAGGUUUCUCUGUUUUUCUUGUUUUGAAAACAUUUUCAUUAAGUCUCCAAAAAUGCCUCCAGAUUGCUGUUUUUUUGUAUUUAUACCCUCUGGAACAAUGUGCUCCAUCAAAGUGCUCCUCCUAUCUCUCUAUUUUUAACCUACUUUACCAUCCACCCUCUCUCCCUCCGAUUCCACCUCUACUUUUACAAGCAUUUAUACUUAAAGGGGUGAAAUUUCUCCUCUGUAUAUUAAUUUCUGAAAACUGAAGUCCUGCUACUUUUUCCUUAAAUUCUUAAACUUAGUUCUUUUUUCUUUAAGUACCGCCAAAGGUGCUGCUAAGGCUGCAAUAAGCGCACUCGCCCUUUUUUAUACUUCAGCUAGUGAAAGCCUACCCUUUCAUAUACCUGAAGCCGGAGCCUCCCCGUAUAGGCCAUCGUAGGGAGUUCCCCCCGCCCCCGUUCCAAUUCCGUGCUCACCUAUUGCCAGCCCAUGUUGGACUCUAGGCCCGUUUGAGUCAACACCUAAACAUAGUCCUAAGUGUAAUUACAAUAAGGCAAUGGACGAAAUAACCAAUGUAAUGAACUUGAAUAUACAUUGAACUUGACGAUAGAGAUCUGCUGCAAGAAGACGAGGUGUUCGAAAGGCAAAAACUUGUUGCAGGCAUCACUGAAGAAUAAUUGAGACCACAACACCCUCAUGAUCAAUCAGAAGCUUUCAGCCUAUCUGUAUGUCAAAGAAAGAUCAACCUAGUCAGUUCACAGUGGUCAGAGAGCCGUAGGGCAGCUGCCUCCCCUGGACCUGUUGAGCCAGACAAAUCAAGUCUGUGGAUGGAUUUGUUUUCUUUAGACUCAGUUAUUUUGAUUAUAGUGAUUUGCUAUUGUUUGCCAUUUUCAUCUUCGAGGUCAUGGGCUCCUGUCGAGGCCUAUUUUUCGGAGACAUAUUUCAUGACAAGUGCUGAAAAUAGCAUUUCGGAGCCUCCAAAUUUGAAAAUUUUUCUGGGGGAGGACACCCCCAGUCCCCCUACAAGGCUCGUGCCUUCGGCUCUCGCGAUAAUGCCCCUCGUUACAAAAAACCUAACUACAGCCCUGGGGAAUGCUAAAAAAAAUAAGUUGUGUCACUCUGAAAUACCAUUCAAAUCCAGGGAAAGAAAAAGGAGACCUAAUUUACAAACUUUCGUCGUUCAUUCACUGAGAGCACGUGCUUUUCUCCAUCAGCUCAGUAGUAAACAUAGACAACAUAGGGAUCCUUAAUUUAGUGUGAUUAACAGCCGGCAAAAACUUUUGGGAUUUAACAGGAGACAGACCGUUAACAAAAAACUAUGCCUUUUUUUGUUUUCCAAGUAACUAUUUUUAGGCUAAUUGUCGUGUAUUACACCAUGGGCCGUCAUAUUAAACCCUAUCCUAGUGGCGCCCGGUGAUCAGACUGGGUGGUACUGACUCAGUUAAAACGGUCGUAGAAUGAAUAAAUUCAACAGCACGGUAUUUCCCACCCAGUAAAGAAUCGGAAUUAACAGUGAUUAAAUUGUAUGAUUAUCAAUAACUAUCACCUCAAAAAAGAUAUAAUAAGAUAAAAGAACUGAUCGAUACACGGUCACUCUGAGGGAAUGCGUGACGAGCCACAGUAAUUAAAUUAUUUUAAUUCGCGUAAACAUAUCUUCUUCUGCUGCUUCUUCCUCGUAAAAGAAACAGACCUAAGGGGAUUCUAAGUCAUACAUCGUUCGUGUUUUUUCGUGGAAAGAAGAGAUAUUUUUCCCUUAAAAAAAUGAAAUACAAGUAUUAUAUUUCCUGUCAAUUUGUUGAAACGACGCAUCUAAGGCUAAUUUGCAUACGGAGAAUGAAGUCAUUUUCAUCGUCGACAAGGAA